UGACACCAGAGGGGAGGAUUGUGAAACAUGGAUUGAGGGGAUGGUUGGGCUAAAACAUGAGUCUGAACAAGUAGGAUGGAAAGAGAAAAGUCAGUCUGCUUCAGAACGAAAUUAGUUGCAAGAUAUAACAUAUGAACUGAAAUGUGAAACUGAAUCAUAAAAUCACAUUUUAAUUAUAUGCAAUGUUCUGUAUGUGGGAACGCCUAUAGGCAAACAGGAAUCAAAGGUAAAAAAAUAAAAAAAGGUAACCCAAACAAGUGACUGGUGAAGAGUUAAGUUUAUUAUUAUUUAUUAUUAUUAUUCUUAUUUCGUAUUAUAUUAUUUAUAAAGACCGUUCACAGCAUGUUUCAGCUCUGACACAUAAAUACAACAUUUAAUAUAUAUAUAUAUAUACUCAGCCAUACCACAGAAACACCAAAAAAAGAAAGAAAGAAAGAAAGAAAGAAAGAAAGAAAGAAAGAAAGAAAGAAAGGAAGAAAAAAGUUGAAACUACCCAACUGAGAGGGGGAGGAAUACAGGACGCGACAGGGAGGGCCGGAAAAGGAUACCCUUUGGGAACACCAGAGGAAAACAACACCAUAACAGUGUUUAAUGUUAGAAAUUGUGAGUAGCCACUGAACAUUUGAAAGUGGAAAUGAAGUUAGUGUUGGGCCAAUAUUGGUUAAUCACAUCUGCAACAAAUCUGCAUGGAGUCAAAGGAGUAGCUCAAGCAGAACUAUCAAUAGACACAGAUAGCAAGGCACACAGUAGUGUGUUAUUUCCUUCCUCAGGAAAAAGAAAAGAGCUGUAUAAGUUGUUCCAUUACGCUUGACACUCUCCUGCAGGAAACAAUCGCUCUCCUGCAGCUGAAUGUACACUGCGACUUCACUGUAUGAGCUGCUCACAGAAGUCAGGUCUCCUCGAUUAAUCAGUCUGUAGAAGAAGAAUAGCCUGUGAAAAUGUGGGACGUUCGGAAACUGGUUGUUGCUGCAAUCAUUUUCACAGCUGUGUACGACAAAUUAAAGGCGGCUGCAAAGGAUGUUACACUACUGCAGACGCCCCCAGAUCGUAUACAUGGACUGUAUAUUGGAUGCCCUGAGGAGGCCAUGGAGAAGAUCAUCCUCUCAGGUCUGUUAGAACAAGAGCUAAACCAAAGUGUGGAAUUCCAAAAAAACUGGAGUGAAAAGCCCAAAUGUUCGAAGCUGAUCCCCGGAGGAAAAAAGGAGCACACUGCUGCACUUUCAACCUAUAACACGGGUCUAGACUUCAUGAAAACUUUCAACAAUGAAAUGCAGAGGAUGGCUGGAAACUUCAGCAACUAUGAAGAAAAUUUCCAUUUCAAGUCUCUUCAUUUCCUGCUUCUGGAUUCCAUGAGGCUGCUGAAGCCAAAAAAGUGCAAGAGUGUGUACAUUCUCCAAGACGAAAACAGACUGCGGGAGGGAACAACCGUGAGAUUUGAACAUUUCACCACUGCUUCGUCAAACUUUCAUCCAAGGGAUACAGAUAUGGCUGACAUGGUCUUGUUGAAUAUCACUUCUUGCUUCUUUGUUGACCUCAAUGACCAGCUUUGUCUUAACAACAUGGAGAACAAUAUACUCUUAUCGCCAGCUGAAGUUUUCACCGUGGAGAGAAUUAAAGAUACACAAUAUAAUGAUGAUGAAUACACAGAGGUUACUUUAAAACAUUCAGAGCUGGACAUCUCACACAGCUGUCACGUUUUGUCACGGUCUCCAACUGUCGUCUCCACCCUGUGGGUCGUGUCUGGGCUCGUGGUCUUAUCUCUUUUUCUUUAAAUGAUGAGUAAAAAUACUUGAUAUCAGACUCCUCUGGAGGGAUCUGUAAUGUAAAACCACUGUUUGUGUGUUAACAGUUGUUCAGCUGAUCAGCUUCUUUGGUUGGUUCAUAUUAUACAGAGGGAAACUUCCUUUAUCAUUAUGAUUCAUGCAUGUUGGAAACAUAUAUAUAUACACCUUUUCUUGUUUAUUGACUCUUUCUGAAGCCUCAUUUACUUGCAAGGUGAUGCAUAUACUCUGCAAAUUCAUAUAUAUUAACUGUGGCGCCUUAACGUCAAAGUCAACACUGUGGCCUCAAAGUAAAACAAUUUUUUUGCUUAAAAUAUCACACUGUAGAUAUAUGAAUACACAUAAACAAUUAUCGCUCACCAGUUGCUUUGUACUUUUUACAUUUACCCUUCUGAAGAAGAGCAACUUGGAUCCUUAUAUUUACAGACUUGUGACCAACUUGUAAAAUUUCAGAAAUUCGACUCUGAGCAUGAUUUCAUUGCACAUAUUCGAAACACCACAAAAAUAGGAUUUUAUCAUCUUAAGAAUAUAGCCAGAGUUCGCCUGUUUCUCUCUCUGGGUAGCACAGAGGAGCUAAUGCAUGCUUUUAUUUCUAGUCGUAUAGAUUAUUGUAAUGCUCUGAUUUCUGGUCUUCCCAGAGAGAAUAUUACAUUAAACAGUUUGUGUUGGGUGUGUUUGUGACUGAUACAUUUCUCAGAAUCUGUUCAGCAUCUUUCCGGUCGCUCUGGACAGAGCUUUAAAUAAAAUCAUCUGAAAUAUGGGGAA